GGCAGACGAUGCAGAAAGUUCUGAAAAUGCAUUUCCUCGAGAAAGAAAGACACAAAUGAGGUCUUCAGCAGGCAGCAUGCUUGAUGAUAAUGUUGAGGUGGCAACUCCAAGAUUAGAUAAGGAGCAGAGAUGUCGAAGAAUAAGAAGUUUGACUGGUUUCUGGCUCCUUGGACUGACAAAUAAUUUUGCUUAUGUGAUAAUGCUGAGUGCUGCCCACGACAUUCUCGAGAAACAGAAUGAAGAAGAAUUUACAGCAAUCAAUUCUACAGCUAUACCUCUGAAUUCAACAAUCACAGCUAUACCAUUAUCACCAGCCCUGACGAAUUCCACACCUGCAAACAGAACUCCUCUAGUAGAAAACUGUAAUCCUAUGAGCACUGGGGCAAUUCUUCUGGCUGACAUCCUUCCAACCUUGAUCAUAAAAGUGACUGCACCGUUUUACAUGCAGUCUCUUCCGUAUUGGUUCAGAGUGGCAUUUUUGAUAACCUUACCUGGAGUAGCAAGUUUCUUGACUGUUGCCUUAUCAGAGACUGUGUGGGUCAGUCUUUUAGGAGUGGUAUUUGCCAGUAUCGGGGCAGGUUAUGGAGAAAUCACUUUCUUGGCAUUUUCAGCUCAUUUUGAUAAGGAUGUUAUAUCCACGUGGUCAUCAGGGACAGGUGGUGCUGGUGUCUUUGGUGCUCUUGCAUAUGCUGGCCUGACGUCUGCUGGUCUCUCACCCAAGAAUACCUUGUUCCUUAUGCUGGUCAUACCAGUAUUACUUGCAUUCAGUUACUACAUCCUAAUUAAAAAGCCUGAUACCGUUGAUCCCAAGUCAUGUAAAUGUGGAAAUUCUAAAGAAUCAACAACUCCCCUACUGGUUGAUGAGGACACAGACCCUCCACUACAGGAUGAAGUCACUGGUGAUGGGCCUUCAAUGGCAGCAAUGGAGAGAGGAAAGCACUUGGGUGUCAAACAAAAGUUAUUGUUGAUAAAACCUCUUUUGAAAUACAUGAUACCAUUGGCGCUUGUUUAUCUUGCCGAAUAUUUUAUAAACCAAGGCUUGACUGAAUUGCUGUACUUCCCUAAUGAAACAUGGUUAUCACAGAAUGAGCAGUAUAGGUGGUAUCAAGUUAUUUACCAACUUGGUGUGUUUUUCUCUCGGUCUUCCGUGAAUCUUGUCAAGAUAAACAAGUUAUGGAUCCUUCCUAUAUUGCAAUUCCUGAACAUAGUAUUGCUGAUGUUCCAAAUCUUCUACCAGUUCAUUCCUAGUAUCUGGAUAGUGUUUGUCAUCAUCCUGUAUGAAGGUCUGCUCGGUGGUGCUGCAUAUGUCAAUACAUUCUACAAAAUAUCGGAGGAGGUUGUCCACGAACACAGAGAGUACAGCAUUGGUGUUGCAAGUGUUGGCGAUUCCUUCGGUAUCAUGAUUGCAGGAUUUGCUUCCAUCCCAGUCCAUAACUUCUUGUGCAGUCUGUACAGAUGAGCAAGAUAACUGACGAUAUAACCUUUAGGAAACUUACGAGAGUAGAGAUAUGUGCCAUCAUGAGUUGUUUGUUAAUACACCAGAGUGGCUCUGAGAAGAACAAUGGCUAGUAUAAAAUGACUACGCUUAUCUUCAUAAUGGAAUGAUGUAUUUAAGAUGAAAGGACAAAGAUAAGUUGGCUGUAUGAACGUUUAUUUGGGAUGUAGUAUUGUUCUAAAUCAGUCUGCCUGUAUAAUCUUUGUGAUAUAUUCCCAAGAAUUGAUAUAGUUAUUUAUGUUUUCUUCUUAGUAUGUAGGAAAAAUGUUGGCCAUGUAUACAUAUUCAAAAGAUGUUUUCAAGAAAAUGAUAAAUAUAUCUGAAUAGGCAUUGUCUUUCA